AUUCACAUACCACACCCCCCAAUUGGUAUCCCUCUCUGAGUCAGGACAAAACCAGUCUAGGAUUUUACUUUGAUUCGCCUUUAACCUAAAAAAAAAAAAAAAAUUCUUUUUCUUUUACAUUACUUGGUCACCUCCCAAAAAUACAGUCUUGAGAGAAAGACAGAGAGAUUUCUUCUUCCAUUUCCCUUCACUUUUCUUUAUAAAAAAAGAAGUUUAUAAGAAACCCAUUUGGGGUUUCGUCUUAGAAAAUAAGGGUCGGAGAUUUUUAUUUUCUUUUUAAUUUUUAAGAAAGAAAAGAAUGAAUGUUAUGGCUUCAGAAUGCAGUAGUGGGUGUGAGUCUGGUUGGACUGUGUAUUUGGAACAAUCUUUAUGUAAUAAUGGAUUUAUAAAUGGGAAUGGGAGUGUUUUUUGCGAUGGAAAUUAUUAUAAGGAGAAAAGAAGUGAUCAAGUUGAUGCAGAAGAAGAAGAAGGAGAAGAAGAUCUUUCAAUGGUUUCUGAUGCAUCUUCUGGUCCUCCACAUUUCCAGGAAGAUGAAGUUGUUUUCAAUGUCGACCAUAACUCUUGCUUUUAUCCUGAUUCUAAGGAUGUUCGAUUAUCCAAGACUAGUGGGAAAAAGAAGAAAAAUAGUAGAGAACAAUUUGGAAGAUGUGGAGGUCAAGUCCAAGAAUCAUCUUUUCUAGACGACACAGCCAGCUCUCCUGUUUACAACUUCUCCAUGCAGAAUGACUUUGCUCGGAGCAACAAUCAAGCUUCAAUGCAGAGUGUGUUGGAGUUUUCGCAAGGUUUAUCAGCUACUAAUUUCGAGGGGAGAUCUGCAUACCAAGAAUAUCCCUUUGGUUUCUUUCAGUCUUCUUUAUCUGGAACCCAACGUCAGAAGAACCAGUGGUUUGAAGAGAAGGGAUGGGAAUGAGAUAGGUGGUCUUGCUAGCUCCUAUUGCAUUGCAGAAAGCAGCUGUUAUAGUUCCUUGGUAGAAAAUGGUGACUGGUUUUUGCCAAAGUAAUGGAAUUGGAUAUGAAGUGGGGAUCUUCUUCUUUUCCCUUUUUCCUUUUUAUUUCCUAUUUACCUGUUAAGGAAGCUGGGGAAAAAACCUGAAUGAUUAAGUUGGAAAGUAAUGAGAUUUUUUAUUUUCCUCUUACAACUUUAAUUGUUAUUUGUUAAUGAAUAGUGGGUACAAAUCAGCUAAGCCUUUCUGUGCAAACCAUGGUAAUGCAUUGUGUUUUCUGAUGGAGCCAUUCAUUCCC